AUGGAGAUGGCGCAAAAGGAGAAAGUUUUGAAGACCAUGGAGCAAGAGCUGAGAUCAAUUUGCCAGCUUUCCAGCAACUUGGGCUCUGACUUCGUCCAUGUCAUGGACUACUUCAUGGGAAAGGACAAGGCGACAUGGAAGCAGGAAGUGGAGGACCUCAUGACCAGGUGUGCAAGCCUGGGGUGGCUCAAGCAGCCAGCACUGCAGCAGGUGCCUGCCAGCCAAGCUUCAUCGAUCGACUUUUGGAUGGACAUUACUCAGAUUUCCCCUGAAGGAUUGCGUGGACGGCCAAAGCUCGUCAAUGUGCUGCAGACCUUCCGCAAUUUCAUGGAGUCUGGCUUUUCCUCCACAAGGAGCCCACUGGUGGUGUGUGCACCAGCUUCUGUUGCGCCGGGGCAGCCAGUUCCAGACUGGAGUUUCCAGGUCUCUGUGGGGAUGACCAGGAACUUGUCUGCGAAACUCGUUGUUGAGCUGGCCAAGAACCUAGCUGAUGCAGACCUGCAAGUCGUUCUCAAGGAAGUUACUUCAUGCUUGCAGGUCAAGGCCACUCUGGAGCCAAAUCAAGCAGAUGUCUUUGCAUCAUCGAUGAGGUCCAAGUUCAUCAUCAGUGAAUCAACGAGACCUGAUGUGAUUCAGCUGUACUCUGGCCUGUGCCAAAUGUUCAGCCUGCGUGGACAGAAGUACAGUGAGCAAAUCAGCUCUUACAUUACGGCCUUCAACAAAGGGAGCAAUGUUGAUGCAGCACGCCUCUCUGAGGCUGAAGUGAAAAUGCUGCUGCUGCUCCCUGGCCAGCAGUCUGAGUUCCUGGCAGUCCUUGAACGCCAUUGGGACAACUUCAAGAUACAAGACUCUGCGCUGCCUCUCAAGAGCCUCAUCAACACUGUGGACCGGACGAAGAGGACGGACGCUUCAAUGCCUGGAAUCUGGCAGGCCAUCUUUGUGGCCUCCCCGGACCAGAACACCCUUUUUGUCAAAAGAGCCAUCCAGAUCUUCCUGAGAAACCUUGCAGAAGCUCAAGCUGCAAGCAAGGGCAAGGCCAUCAACCUGAGGAUGAGAGCAUCUGGACUUCGGGACAAGAUCGGGGAGAGCUAUGACUUCUGCUGCCUGUGGGUGCACUUUGCCAAAGAGUUUCAGCAGAAGCUGGGGGAUCAGGCCUACGCAAAGGCCUUGGCAGCAUUCCAGAAGGGCAGCUAUGACCGCGAAUUCCUGGAGAAAGUCAGAACACAGGAUGGGAAGCUGUGCCUGGAUGACUUCAGAUUUCUGUCCAUUCUGCAGGGCACAGACACAACGGUCAAAAGCCUCCAGCAAGUCCAGCAGGAAGCAUCUGAUGCUUUGGAGAUGGCUCAGCUCAAAGCAUGGCAGUCGGAGUUGUGCAAGGAGCAGAAGGUGUUUGAGGAGUACACAGCCAAGCUGCAGGCAUUUGAUGCCAGAAAGCCAGAAAGCAAGCAGAUCAGCGAGCUUUCCUCCUUGGCCUACAUGGAAGCCAACACCCCGGUGAGAUUCACAGACAAAAAGGCCUAUGUCAGCACGUUGUUUCAGAACCAGCUGACCAAGUAUGCACUGCAGAGCCAGGUUUCUGAGGAAAAUGUCCUGACAGUUUUUGUGGGUGACCUGACGAAGUUGGGUACUGCCUUCAGCAAGUACCUGCUGGACACUGUAAGCAUCAUCUCUGAGAAUUGUGCUGCCUACCCGAAGACCACGUGUGCCUUGCUGAUUGCACCGAACAGUGGAUGCUGUGGUGCGACAUACAGUGAUGCAGAUGUUGAGAAGGCUUGCCAGCAGGUGGAGACUGAGCUGAAGGAACCACAGAGUCAUUUGGCAGUCAAGCGAGUGAGUAUCAUGUUUGCGGAGGGGAGCUUUGCAACUCAAUCUCGAAGAUGUGGGUACCAUGAUUGCUUCAUGGUGAUGUCCGAUGUGAAAGAUACAGAUGGUGAGCUGAUGUGCAUGUUUCAGCAUUCCAGCUUGUGGUACCGUCGCAUUGUUGCUGAUGUGCAGCUGCUUGCAGGGACAGACUUUGUGGUCCCAGACCUGAACAGAGUGCCAGGCCCUCUUUCCAAGGCACAGAAGCACAAACAAUGGAUCUCUGGUGAGCAGGUCUAUCUCAAGACCAUGAAGGCAUUGUUCAAGGGAAUGUCAACGACUGCAGCAUCCAUGCCUGUUUGCUACGUUGACCUUUUCCCAUAUGAUGCUUGA